AUGGACUUUUUCGACGUACGAAAAUUGACAAGUGGCCAAGCAACGAAGGAUGCCGCGCUAUACGGUGAUGAUUAUUCGGCAAUCGCUUUCCUGCCGGUCAUCAUGAUUGGAGCCGUGGUGCUGGGCAUCUGCGGUGUAUGUCAGUACAAGCGAUGGAAACACGAAAAAAAGCAGAUUGCACAUCUCAACCAUUUUUACGACAUCUUCGAAGGAUCCCCCCUCCGAUGCCGCAAAAUGCUCAUGGUCGAGCAUUCCGACAUCGACGAGGUAAGCCAC